CUUCAUUACAGCUCUUAAGUCUCCUGUGAAUAAUUUGUUGAAGUGAUUAAACAUAAACGGCUUUCAUUUAGUUUUUCUCACGUCCGGUUCUAUGCUGGGGAUUCCGUAGGGUGUUAUUUAUGCAGCAAUAGCGCGAGAUGUCCGAUAGAAAAGGCCUUGUUGCAUCAGACGGACUGCGGGUUCUCGAUGUUCUUGUUCACCUAUCAUCGUCUAACAAUUAACUUAUUGUUUAAGCUGGUUGGCAGACGUGCCUUGGCCCUCUGCUCCCGGCCUCUGGUGUCUUCAGUGUGGAGAGGAGAUGCCUACACGUUACAUAGGAGUCCAGCUGCAACUGUGCAGGUGCGAUAUGCGUCAGGACGUAAAGGUUUCCUGGGAGAGUUUGUGGAUAACCUGCGUCAGGAAUUUGGUAAGAAUCAGGAGAUGAAAGACAACAUAAAGAAGUUCAGAGAAGAGGCCAAGCGGCUUGAGGAGUCGGAUGCUCUCCAACAAGCCCGCAGGAAAUAUAAAUCUAUAGAGUCUGAGACAGUGAAGACUUCAGAGGUGUUUAAGAAGACCUUUGGUUCUCUGUCAGAGACGGUAAAGGAGGGUCUUGAGGAAGUGAGUCGUUCUGACAUCGGGAAGAAGAUCAAGGAAAGUGUGGAGGAGGCUGCCAAGACAGCCAUGCACUCUGCUGAGUCCGUCUCCAAAGGAGGAGAAAAACUGGGCAGAACCGGCGCAUUCAGGGCCAUCUCACAGGGUGUGGAGACCAUGAAGAAGGAGAUAGAUGUUGGGGAUGACGGAACUUACAGAGCUCCCUCGCAGCUAAGGAAGAGAAGCGAUUUCUCCUCCCAAGGAGCCGACAACGACUCCAGAGUGUUCGAGGCCAAUGAAGAGGCUAUUGGUGUCGUUCUCCACAAGGAUUCAAAGUGGUACCAGCAGUGGAAUGACUUCAAGGACAAUAACGUAGUUUUUAACAGAUUCUUUGAUAUGAAGAUGAAAUAUGAUGAAAGUGACAAUGCCCUCGUCAGAGCAUCCAGAGCUGUGACGGACACAGUCACUGGCUUCCUCGGCGGUCUUUUCUCUAAGACAGAAAUGUCCGAGGUCCUGACGCAGAUUGUGAAGGCUGACCCCACCUUUGAUAAAGACCUUUUCCUUAAACAGUGUGAGAAAGACAUCAUCCCGAACAUACUGGAGGCUAUGAUCCGUGGAGAGCUGGAUGUGUUAAAAGACUGGUGCUAUGAAGCUACGUACAGUCAGCUGGCUCACCCCAUCCAGCAGGCGAGAGCGCUGGGGCUGCUCUUCCAGUCCAAAAUCCUGGACAUUGAUAACAUCGAUCUAGCGAUGGGUAAGAUGAUGGACCAGGGCCCAGUGCUCAUCAUCACCUUCCAGGCUCAGGUCGUCAUGGUGAUCCGCAGCCCCAAAGGAGACCUUGUGGAAGGAGAUCCGGAGAAGGUGAUGAGGAUGAUGUAUGUUUGGGCGUUGUGUCGUGACCAGGAGGAGCUGAACCCCAGCGCAGCCUGGAGACUCCUGGACAUCUCCGCCUCCAGCACAGAGCAGGCCCUCUAAGAGGAGGAGGAGGAGGAGGAGCACAGGUGAAAAGGCUGGCAUGGGACAUGCAAACUGUGAAGAAGGGCAGAAGACAGAAGGAUGUGCCUGGAACACCUGCAUGUACUGACUCACACAUACAUUAGCAUCUGAGCGCAGAGUGCACCCAUGCUCCCGUGUCAUGCCAGACACUCACAUUUCCGAUUGCUACCCAGAGAAUUUAUGUGCACAUGUAUAUAUUCAUCCACCUUAUGGUGCGGAGAUAUACAUGAAGAUAGAGACAAACUACCGGUAUAUGGUACAUCAAUAGAAAACUAUGCGUCCACCAAUAUGUGUGCGUCUCUUUCACUGGUUAGCUCAGUGUUUGGGUUUCCAGGUGGAGAGUGAAUACUGAACUUUUUAAUUAAUGUUUGAAUGGAUGGAACCAACCUUUUCACCAACUGGCUAAAAGAGGAGCCUAUACCAUUCCCCUCAAUGUCCCCUCACAGUCCCUCCAUAACAGGCUGGUGGCUCUAUCCAAGAAGAUUGGAGGAAGAAAAUGGACCUGUGACUUUACCUGCUGGUCUUGGAGGGACGUCUGAAGCCUAAAACUAGGAUUGAUGUGACCACUGUCUUCGUCAGAUGAUGUAAACAGGAUAUCAAAACGUGGGCAGUGGCAUACAGCCUUGUUGCAUCAACAAACAUAGCUGAGUGGGACAGCAUGAACAUCUUGUUAAUCAGGGCAAACAGGCUUCAAGUUAAAGGAGCAGUUUACCAGUUUACUCAUCACAAGUAAACAGUUUACUUGUUUACUUAAACAGUUUACUCAUCACAUCAUAUACUUAGCCUGUGAAAACAGUUCAUGUCAUCUGUAGCUCUGGAGGGAGCUUUCUACAAUCCCAUAAUAAAAAAUAAAAACCCUGAUGAUUUCAUCAGUUACCUCAGAUUGGGCUGAACAUAUAUGGGAUCCUGUGUUUUUGAAGCUUGACCUAUACUAUGGAAUAAAAGUCAAGAUAUCUAAGCUGCUUCAAUUUCAACCAUUUUAAAAUAGGUGUCUCUUGUGAGUCUCCAAACUUCGUGCAACUGCUGUACCUUUUAGAUUUAAUAGUUUCAUCAUCUGCCUAUGUCUGUGAUCUGCCAACAAACUUGUGAACACUUUGCCUAUGCAAAAAUUAAACAAUUGCCCAUCGAGACAUAGUUUUCGGAAAGAAAAAGGUUGAAGUUUCCUUUUAGUGGGCCAAAUGAACAUUAAAGGAAAUUCAUCUCAAGUACUU